AUGGCGCGCGUACACACGGUUCCUCAAAUUUUACAUUUUUUCCUUUAUUUCUCAUUUAUUUUAUGUUGUUUUACUGGUUUUGUGAGUGCCAAUCGCGAGUUAGAUGAAGAUAAUUGGAAAGACAUCCUGGAGGGAGAAUGGAUGGUUGAGUUUUACGCGCCAUGGUGUCCAGCCUGCAACGCCCUGUCAGCAGCCUGGCGCGAGCUCUCCACUCGCGCCACUCGCAAAGCGCUCGGAGUGAGGACCGCUGCGGUAGACGUCACGAAGUCACCGGGACUCAGCGGCAGAUUCGUAGUGACAGCCCUGCCUACUAUAUUCCACGUCAUCGAUGGUGAAUUCCGCCAGUACAAAGGCCCUCGCGAUGUCGAAUCCAUGCUGGGUUAUGUUGAGGAAAUGCGCUGGAAGCAGACUGAACCGGUGCCCUCGUGGAAGGCUCCACAUUCCAUACAGAUGAGCUUGGUUGCAGAGUUCUUCAAGCUUAGCCAGGCCCUCAGAAGUGUACACAAUAUGCUGAUGGACACAUAUGGCCUACCAACUUGGGGCUCAUACCUUAUCUUUGCCGUGGCCACCAUCUUUAUUGGAGCACUGCUGGGAUUGCUGUUAGUAUGUGUGAUCGAUCUGCUGUACCCUCCACGUCGCGGCGACAAGGUGUUCGUGUCUCAGGCGGAGCUGGACAAACGGGGCAGGGGAGACCAGGGCGGGAAGAAGUCGGACGAGGAUGCGGAGCUGAUCAACGACGACAUAGUGGACGACGACGAAAAUGCCAACAGCGAUGCGGAGAAGAACUCGCCCAGCGAUACUUCGGAAGAAGAGAAAGAGCCAGCAACAGAAGGCGGUGGAGACACGAAGCGGUCGGAGGGAGAGGAACGUCCCGCAGAGGUCCGGAAACGAAGGCCUAGGAAAGCCGACUAG